UAUAAAAUGACAAUUUUACCAUGUACUGACUACAAAAAGGAAAGAUUCAGUGAUGAUGAAAAACACAUUUUUGGUGUUGUGUGUUACCGUUGUGGUCCUUUACCUGUCGGGACAAGCGAAAGCGUGGCUGUUUGGGAAAUCCCACAGCGAGUGUCAGGGAGGGAAGCCAUAUUAUUUCGGAACCACCGACUUGCUGUGUAAAAUUGGACGCAGAUCUGCACCGAGUCGAUUCGCCCUAAGUGUAAGUCAUAGGUGGAUCCUCUUUGACGGAGAGUACUUCGAAUGGGGCGUCCAAGGUCACUCCUACAACUAUGGCAGCACCCUGACGGACGCCGAGCGCUGUAGCACAGAGCGCGAGAGUCAGCCUGCAGGGUACAGCCAGCUGGACAAGACGUGUAUUGAGAAAUGCGCCCGUUCCUACAGGGGGAGAUACGGUCCUUACCACCUCCUGACCAACAACUGUCAUGACUUUGCCAAUAGAAUAUCAGAGGUCUUAUGUAAUCACACAAUUUGUCCACAAUGGUGCCAGUAAUCGGGCAGUCCGGAAAAUAAAUGAUGCAACAAAAUGUAUCUGAAUUUA